AAGCUAUACUUAGAGCUAUCUCAGUUUUUAAACUAGGUUUUCUUUAAUUUUGAGGUUUUGGUUUAUCUAUAUCUAUCUAUUAUCUAUAUAUACAUAUCUAUAUAUAUAUAUGGUUUUGGUGAUGAUGUCAUGCCUCUAAUUAGCCAUUAGCUCUCUCCCCCGGUGCAUUUUCCUCUCUUAUCUUUUUCUCAGCCAUCAAAACUGAACUGGCCAGCCCUUUUACUGCCUUUGUCUUUUCAUUAUCACAAAUUUUAAGUAGAGAUUAUGUAGUAAUUCACUCAAACUGAAGCAAAUUCUUUCUGGAAUUUUCCACAGAAAGGUUUGAUUUUUGGCUUCCAGUUGCAGUAUCUGUUCUCUGUGGAUUCUCAAGAAUAAUGAGAUUACUGAGACCUGUAUUAAAAAGAGAAAGAGAAGUCGUUCUUGGCAGUUUAGUCCAAAGUGCAUUUUCUCUGGUGUUUGAUUCUCAUAUCAGAGUGACUACUAGCUGAAACAAUGGAAACUGCAGAGAAGAAUUCUGCAUUAGGAUACGGAAAACCUCCGUGGGUAUUUAAAGGCAGUGCCUUGUACCAGCUCCAUCUUGUCAAGGCAGAAACCGCUCGAGCUUUCAUCCCCAAAGAAUUCAGACUAGUGGAGGCAUUUGGAUAUACUCUCGGUGGAUUCUUUCUUGCUAAUUAUGAGGACAGUCCUGCUGGGAUUUUUGAUGAGCUUGUGGUCAUAGCAGGAAUCGUAUGGAAUCCACCUACAUCGUGUGCAUGGGCUGCAAGAGUGCUGGUCAACAGCGAUAAAGCAUGUGUACAUGGACGAAAGGAUGUUGGACUUCCGAGUCAAGUUGCCAAUUUUACAAAGAGUCUUACAGCACUUCCAGUUACAAAGAGAGGCCGAUUCGGUUGCUUCCUGAACAAGAUUGGCAUGGCCGAUUCUCCCGAUAAGGAGAAAAACUGUAUGGAUAUACGAGUGAAAGAGAUGAACAAUCAUAUAUCAUUGGAUUUAUGCAGUAUCAACAUUACAGCUGCUGCAAUGGCAGCAAGUCAAAACGAUACAAGAAAAUGGAUGGGCCCUGCAAUCAAAAUGUCCCUUCCAAGCUUCAGUGGGCGCACAGAGUAUAAUCCCCACCUCCUCAAGUACUCUUGCCAGAUUGAAUGCAGGUUGAGAGCAGUUCCACCAGCUAAAGUGUCUGGCCCAUCUACAUCGAGUACGAACCCCGAAACCACAUCUGAGACGGGCUUUGCAACCGGAGAUUCCAGUGAAGACAAAAGAAACCUCACCAUAUCUGUGAUGCUGUCGAAGCCGAUCUUAGCAUUGGAGUUCAAUUGUCUAAAAAUGAAGGUUGAAGCUCCCACCAUUGUUCCUCAGUAGAAUCAAAGCAUGUCCGGUUCUAACGACUAACAUGGCUCAUUAGUUUUGGUAGCCAUCUGCAUUUGCAAAGAUCAUUACUCAUUCGGGAUGGUUUUGUUAACGUUGAAACAUCUAUAUCGUGAUAGUCUUUCCAGUUAAAAGUUCAGUUUCACAAGGGUAGAGAUUCCAGAAGUUGUGCGAAAAUAUUAUACAUUUUAUUUCAAUAAUAUGAGUUUUUUUUUUCC